AUGUAUUUUCCCGACGAUGAUGUGGAAAUCCAUUACGUAAAGGACACCAAAGAUGUAAACGAGGAUGAGGACGACGAAUCCGGACCUCUUUUGAUGACAAAUGUGAUUGACAUGUCGAUGAGCGAUGGACAACAGCCAAAAGAAGAGAUCGUGAUGAAGCUACCAAUUCACAAUAAAGGGGAUGAUAAGGAGGCGGAGAUGUGUGUGCUAGCUACUUCAGAGGAAGAUCCAGAUGACCCCGAUGACUGGGAGAUUAUACAUGCGGAAAAAGAUUCCAAAGGAAAAGCUGCCGUAUUCAAGAUAAAACACUUCUCCAUAUCGGAUUCGCAUGCGGCUUCCUGAUAAUUAAGAAGAAGAAAUCGAUCUGGCUACAGUUGAACGAAGAUGAGUAAAGUUUAACUGACAGUUAACGUCUAAUUAAGGGUAUACUCUACAGUAUCAUAAUAUUACUGACUUACUUUUAAACCAUGAAUAAGAAUAUACAGUGUAGAUAUCGGCAAUUUUAUCUUUUUCUUUCGGAUUGGCUAGCUAAGUAGCUCAGUGGGUUAAUACAAUGUACGUGGACUACUGAACUGAACAUCGCGGGUUAGAAUCUGAUAGGAGUUUUAAAUUCUGUCAGAUUGCUUUCUACCAAAAACUGCAUUUUUGAGUAAAUGAAGUAAGGUUAAGUCUUAAAUUUCAAACUUUAGUCGUACAUAUCCUCCAGUUUUCAUCCACAUCAAAUUACCCUGGUGUAGCAUUCAUCCUUAACACUAUAUGAAUGUAAGACCUAAUAGGAAGUUAACUGUCUUUUAAAGUUAACGGUCCUUUGUGCAACUGGGUCUGUUUCAGGUGAUUUUUUUGCAAGCAAAGUAAUAUUACGUAAAUUUACGUAAAUUUGAACAACGUUAUAUUUUGAUAAUGCCCGUUCUUACAGAUACAGUGUCCUGUAUUGCUAUUCGAUAUGUAUCGAUAUAUCUGAACGAAAGCCGUUUAAGCACAAACAAAGGAAAUUGUUACAUAAUUAUUUUAGAUGAAGUAGAAACAUUAAAAAUACAAUUUUGGACCAUCAUCAGCUAUAAAUGAACGAAUGUAAUUAGAACAACAGUAUUAAUCCAUAUCUAAUAUAUCCAAAUUUACUGUACGGUUAUUUUUGUAUACGAGUCCUUUAAAAAAAAAUAUCCUAGGCCACUGGUUAUUAUAAAUUUAAUAUAAUAACCAGUGAGGGUAUUUUUUAAAGGCC